AUGUCUUCCUUCUUUACGAUUCCCUCAUCAGUGAAAAAGAGAAAGCGACCGGAAACCACAGAACCCCCUAAAAAGCGAUUUGCUUCUACGUCUACAAAAACUAAAAGUAAUGGCCGAGAACCCAAACAAACUCGAGCUCCCCGAAAACCGGAAAGAGACGAAUCCAUAUCUGGAAGCGAUAGCGGCGAGGAAAGCUAUGAUGAGCGUCGAGGGGCUAUCGACGACGAAGACGAUAAUGAAAGUACUUCCGGCUCAGAAGUAGGAGAAGGGGAGGAAGAAACAGCUGCUGAGAGACGGCUGCGGCUCGCUGAGCGGUAUCUGGAAAAUAUCCGAGACGAGGUCGAUGAAAUCGGAUUUGACGCCGAGGAAAUAGACCGAGACCUGAUUGCCGAGCGAUUGCAAGAAGAUGCCGCCGAGUCGAAAGGACGCAUGUACCGGAAACUAGCGGAGGCGUUAUCUUUCGAGGAUGCUUCACAUAGCCUGUUCCGAAAUGACAGCGAUUCGAUUACCAGUGUUGCUGCAUGCCCGCCGCAUGCAUAUACUGUCUCCAAGGAUUUAUGUCUGGUUAAGUGGAGGCUGCAAGAAUUGCCCGCAAACCAAUUCCCACAGAAAAAGAAAUCGAAGAAACCGCCUCCCCCACCUCGACGGAAACCCACGCAGGUUGCAUUCGUGCGCGGCGAUAAGAGGAAAGCCAAGGACAAUUCCUAUGAGGGACAUGUUGACGCUAUCCUGGCUGUCGCAGCAUCGCAAGAUGGGAAGUUUGUGGUUACUGGAGGAAGGGAUCGCAGGAUAAUAGUGUGGGAAGCGGAAACAUUGAAACCCUUACGAGUUUUCACCCAUCAUCGAGAUGCUGUUACGGGACUUGCUUUCCGGAGAGGCACAAACCAACUUUACUCUAGCUCAAAAGACAGAACCAUCAAAGUGUGGAGUUUAGACGAGCUGGCAUAUAUUGAGACUUUGUUCGGACAUCAGGACGAGGUGGUGGAUAUUGCAGCACUCGCCCAAGAACGCUGCAUCAGCGUUGGUGCAAGAGACCGAACGGCUAGAUUAUGGAAGGUUGUCGAGGAGACACAAUUGGUAUUCCGCGGCGGCGGAGGAGAGAAGAAAUCAAGACAGGGAUCAGGGCCAAGAGUUCUAGAAGGAAGCAUGGAUAAAGUAGCCAUGAUUGACGAGGAGACUUUCGUUACAGGUGGCGACAAUGGAUCGAUCUGUCUGUGGGUCAUCCACAAGAAGAAACCGAUCUUUACGUUACCCUUGGCUCAUGGGGUUGACCCUCCUCUUACGCCGGAGGAAGCCUCUGCAGAAGCACAUCCGAGCCCAGACAUCGUUCCAGCUGCCCAACCGCGAUGGAUCACAGCUCUGGCUACAAUUCCUUACUCGGAUGUUAUCUUGAGUGGGAGUUGGGAUGGCCAGCUGAGAGCAUGGAGGCUCAGCGAUGAUAAGAAGAAACUAGAGGCUUUGGGCCCUGUUGGGUCUACUUCGCGUUCUGUCACCAAUGGUGCAACGAGGCUUAUUAAUGGCAGCGGUGGUCUUCAAUCGCGAGAAGAAGGUCACUCUGCGACCAAGGGUUACAUCAAUGACAUCGCUGUCUUCGAGAGGGGCGAUAGAGGUAAAGAUGGUGUGUGCGUAGUAGUCGCUCUGGGCAAAGAGCACCGAAUGGGGCGAUGGAGAAGGGCCACAGGGAGGAACGGGGCUGUUGUUUUCGAGAUACCACGAGUGGAGCAGAAGCCAAAGACGAACGGGGUUGGUGGCUCAGAUGAGCAUGCAGAGGAAGAUUGA